CUUACUACGUGCAUUUGUUCAUGCUAUUGGUAUGUAGAAUGAUUGAGAAUUCCACUCUAUGAAAGAGGAUCAUUGAUCGAAGUUAAGCCAGUUGUGAUCUCUCUCUGUUCUGCAAAAAAAGAAUAACUUCUACCUUGAUUAUGGAGAUCAAAGGGAACGUUCCCACCUAUUGGAGACAACAUGAAUAUAAAGGCAUCAUGUAUCCCAACGUCGUCCUAGAUUCCAGUAUUGAACGACUUAAGUCAUUUCAAGUCCGAAACGAUGACAUCUGGAUUCUGACUUACCCCAAAGCCGGUACACAUUGGAUGAUGGAGAUUAUUGGCCUUAUCCUCAGCGGUGGGGAACCAGACAAAAUAGACCGAUCUCUGUACGGCAACACUGUAGAGAUGAUCAACUUAGAUCAAUAUUUUCCUCAAACCGAGGAAGAAGAGAAGCUUCACCCACUUGACAUGUCUCCGUUCUUAGACGUUAUCGAGAGGGCGCCCUCCCCAAGAGCCAUGCUCACGCAUCUGCAGUAUGAUCUUUUACCACGUGACAUACUCAAAUCCAAGAUCGUUUACAUGGCCAGGAAUCCCAAGGACAUGAUAGUAUCAUGGUUCCAAUUCGUCGGGAAGAAUCCAGCAAUUCCUUUGAACAUGGAUACAGCGAUUGGACAAUUUGUCGAUGGCAAAAUGCAAUGGGGUCCAUGGCCGGGGCAUGUUCGUACGUUCUGGGAUCUUAGAGAUCACAAGAAUGUCUUUUUUCUUUUCUACGAGGAUCUGAAGAAGGAACCAGCAAAAUACAUUGAGAAAAUCGCCAGUCAUAUUGGUCACCCUCUCUCGGAGGAGGUUCUACAGAAAGUGGUAAAGUUUAGCCAUAUUGACUCACAGAAAGCUACUUUCGGGAAAUUGGCGGAGAGUGGAAAAAUUAACUAUGUCAAAUAUGGAGGCGAGUACGCCUUUCUUAAUAAAGGAUUGAAUUAUCGUUGGAAACAAUUCUUCACUGUAGCGCAGAACGAGGCCUUCGACGAAUGGUACCAAGAUAAGAUGGCGGACACCGAUAUUAAGUUUACAUUUGAAUGA